AUGGAUGAAGAUAUUGGAUUACAACAGGCCAUUUAUUCUUCUCUAAAAAGUCAACGCGCAAGUAGUCAACGUUCCAUUACUCCACGCGUAUCGCAAUUUCCGUCUUUUGGUACACCAGUAAAUCGUUCUUAUCCUUUAACUCGGCCUAGAAACGGUAAACGUAACGCUUUGUUGCGUGAAGGUAUUAUGCCAACACCCCCACGUUCAUUACAAGCUAAAACUGUGGGUACUCUUGGGUUUUCACAGUAUCGUCGAUCACCUACUCGUGGUGAAUGGGUGGGUCCAUUGGAUGAAGACAGUACUCCAGAAAAUACACCUGUGCAACUUCAACAACCAAGUGAUCGCGUUCCUGGAUGGACACAAAUGUGUUCAGGAGGUCGAAUUCAAAGGCAAAAUACAUUGGGUUCAAAUUUGGUUUUUAUAGGUGCAGAGGUACAUAGUGAACAAACCGUAAAAGUUCAUUGCACUGAUUUAUUACUUCUUCGAACUGUUGCUCCUUUACCUCAAACUCAAAAUAUUGCAUGUUUUACAGCACAAGUACAAAAUUUGGUAUCUCCAGGACAUUAUGCUAUGUUUGGAAUGGGAGUAACACCAUCUGCUGGAGAAGAAAUACGUGGUUUUUCUUUGGUAUUAGUUCAUUUUGAUUCUUCAGGAGCAGUUUUUAUUUCUGUUGAACGAUGGCGUAUAACAGAAUAUGAAACUUUUGAACGUUUGUCAGGUUUGGAACCAAUGAGACCUAUUCGUCUUAUAAGAGAUCGUGUUACACUUACAUUGUUGAUUACUUCAGAAUCUAUGAGCCUUUCUCUUAAUGGAGAAGUUGUUUUUCCAGUUAUUGAUGCACCAGGGGUUCACUUGGGUGAAUCACAUCCAAUUCUUCUUUCAACAGGAGGUAAAAUUUUGGUUCGAGAUAUUGCAGUUACUGAAGGUGAUAAACCUCCUGUAAAUCGAUUAUAUGGUCGAUUACAAAAUCUUACAGUUUCUCCUAAAAAGAGUGAAACUGCAAAAAGAGGUCAAAAAUGUUUGGAAGAAGAAGGUUAUUCUUCAUUUGGAAGAUCUCCUGUAAUUGAAAAUCGUUUUUCUUCUUCUUCAACAACAAAAGCUUCAAGUAAGAGAAAAAGUAUCUCUAAAGAAAAACCAGGAAUUUCCAUUGAUAACAGUCUCCCUUCAAAUAUAAAUAUGGAAUUUGCUGAACGAAUUGAAGCAGAAAUAAUUGAACAUUCUCCAAAUGUCCAAUGGGAAGAUAUAUCAGGUAUUCCAGAAGCUAAACGUUUAUUAAAAGAAGCUGUUAUUCUUCCACUUUUAGUACCAGAAUUAUUUACAGGAAUUGUUCAACCAUGGAAGGGAGUUCUUUUAUUUGGACCUCCUGGAACUGGAAAAACUAUGCUUGCUCGAGCUGUGGCUACCAGUGCAAAAACAACUUUUUUUAAUAUGAGUUCAUCAACUCUUAUCAGCAGAUAUUUUGGUGAGAGUGAAAAAAUGGUUCGAACUUUAUUUCAACUUGCACGUCACUAUGCCCCUUCAACAGUAUUUUUUGAUGAAGUGGAUGCUCUUAUGUCAUCACGUGGUGGAAAUGAACAUGAAGCCAGUAGACGUGUAAAAAGUGAAAUGCUUCAGCAAAUUGAUGGAUUAUGUGCCGAAAGUGAUAAACGAGUUAUGGUACUUGCAACUACAAAUCGUCCUUGGGAUUUGGACGAAGCUAUGCGACGUCGUUUGGAGAAACGUAUUUAUAUUCCUUUACCUGAUGAAGAAGGACGAAUUGAUAUUUUAAAUAAGCAGACUGCUUCCAUGACAUUGGAUUCAGAUGUUGAUUUAAAGUUAAUAGGAACCAAAUAUACAGAAGGAUUUAGUGGAGCUGAUAUAAAUUUGCUGGUUCGUGAUGCAGCUAUGAUGCCUAUGCGUCGUUUAAUUGCUGAUCGAUCACCUGCAGAAAUUGCCGCAAUGAAAGAAAAUGGCAAAAUGGUUGUAUCUGCUGUUACGAUGAACGACUUUGAAGAAGCAGUUAAAAAAAUACAACCAUCAGUUUUGCAAAGUUCACUUAAGGAAUUUGAAAAAUGGGCAGAGGAACUUGGGUCAGUGUGA